GUACAUAUAUUAUAAACGUUUACUUUACAGGUGAAGUCGGGAAGAGAUUUCACCAUGUCUAAUACAUUAGUACAAUAUGUUUUGUUGCGUAGUGAUUUGUUGAAAGAAUUGGGUUGGUCUAUUGGAGCAUUGGUAGCACAAGCAUGCCAUGCCGCUACGGCAGUUUUACACCUUUACAAAGACGACGAGCAGACAGUACGUUACUUGAAUGAUUUAGACAAUAUGCACAAGGUGGUUUUAGAGGUUCCAAACGAAGAAACACUAAAGAAAUUAGCUGUAAAACUGAAAGAGAAUGACAUAGCUCAUAAAUUAUGGAUUGAACAACCAGAAAAUAUAGCCACAUGUCUCGCCCUGAAACCAUAUCCAAAAGAUGAGGGCCAAAGAAAGCAGGAAUACUGGCAAUGUUUCACGCCUUCCCAGGUUGUGAUAACAAAUCUUUUUUGCGGCAAAGGAAAGAAGAGUGCCUUUGAGACCUGGAGUACAGUAUCUUCUCUGAUAGCAUAUCGGGCUCUUGCACCGAUGUGAAUACUUGCAGGAGAGAACUCUUCGCAAAAAACAAUUGGAGCAUCGAAAACUUGCCACCUACCAUACAUUGUUUACAGCAGCAUAUGCUUCGGGUGGUGUACCAAGGAGGACACGUAUGGGGACAUCUCCUUGUACCGCUGCAAAAUCUGCCUUUACCUUCAAACUGGGGGUGGGCUAAGGAUUGCAGUCUUUGGGAGUCUGUUUGGUCAACCUUACCAGUACCUACCAUUUAGCUCGUGUAUUGAGCUGAUUAGAUGCAAAUGCAAACGAAAGUGUGCAAAUAGAUGCAACUGCUUAAGAUAACAUUUGAAGUGUAGGUACGGAUCUUUGUGGAUGUGGUGGAGAGUUUGCAGACGAACACCCUUAUGCUAAGAUUUUUGCAAGUUCUUCGCAUCGCUCACAUAUGUAUACCUACUAAACUAGGUAACUAGAGGGAUUUUUUUUUACGAAUAUGAUCAUUAGGACUUAGGACAUCAACCUUACAUUCCAAUCUUCUUAAUUCCAAUCAGUAGGUAUUUAAAAAUUAAAUUAAUACGUUUCUAUAGGCAAUUUUUCUAGGAAAAUAAAAUGAUGAUGCAGUUUUAUAAAAUUACGAUGCAGAGCAACCACUCGGGUAUCUAUAAAAAUAAACAACAAAAUACCUACUACAAUCCGCAGCCCGACCGCGAGAGCGGUUCCGCCGCCUACGCCUCUUCGUUUAUAAAUUUUUUGACAAGUUUUUACUUUAAAGAUGUUUUUCAAGUUAUACUUUUUAUAUUAAAGAAUAAGUGGGCUAUAUUAUCAUAUUGUUUAUUUUGUGAAUUUCGCAAUAAUAUAAUUCCGAUCGUCUUUUUUCCGAUUUUUUUCGAUUUUAUAAUUUUGUGUUUCAAUUUACUCCGUUUUUUUCUAUGGACGGGUAAAAAGUUUGCCCCAGAAAUGAAUUGCUCAUCCUCGAAUUAUACGAAAACGAUACCAAACUCGAUCUGAUAGCUAUAUGGGGGUAGAUAUGGAGCCAAAAUGCAGUACGGGAGAUGUACCUCCCCCCCCCUCCCCCUCCCACCUGUCGGGGGGUACCGCGUGUCAACCGGGUCAAAUCAGCUCAGAAUGACCUAAGGAACAACUGUGCCAAGUGGCGUCUUUUAAUAAAAAAUUGCAGGGUGCUCAAUACAAAUCUGCAACUAAUUCCUGUACUACUAUAUUAUCCCAUACAUUUUAGUCAUGAGAAAAUAAGUACGGUUUGGCGGCUCUGGGAUCUUGCUCUAUUAAUCAGAUUGGUGAAAAAUUGUUCCCCUCUGGAUGGGCCUUCACUAUCAUAUUAAAAAUAAAAACUUACAUGCAUGUUUCUAUAUAUUUAUAAUUCUUGAACAUAUACAUAUACAAUUAUAAAAAUUAAGAAUCAAUAACAUGAUACUUGAAAUUGACUUACUUCCAUGGUAUUUUUUUAUUAAAUGUACUAUUGCUAUCAAAGGUAGAAGUACUAGUGCUCGACGCUGUAUUAGUACUCGACAUGCGCACUUUAUGUCAAAGUGACAAGGA